CACACACACUUAGCGUCACACAGCGGGUCCUGCUGCUCAGUAUAAACAAGUGCCCCGCCAGGCUCGGCGUCCUCCGCGACACCACUCAGCCCGAGAGCUCACUCAGCGGCAGCCCAGAGAGAGACCAGGCGGCGGGAUGGAGAAAUGGCUUGCGCUGCUGCUGGCCGGCACGAUGAUGCUGGCCUCCGUGUCAGAUUCCUCCCCGAUUCUGAAGGAAAAAGAAGCCAAACAGCUCUUGAGGUCACGGAGGCAGGACAGGGCCAGCAAGCCUGGAUUCCCCGAUGAGCCCAUGCAGGAGUACCUGCACCACCUCCUGAUCCUGGAGCACCGUGCUGAGGAGCAGUUUCUGGAGCACUGGCUGAACCCCCACUGCAAGCCCCACUGUGACAGAAACAUGGUGUACCCAGUGUAGGGCUCCAAGCCCCCAGGUGCUUUGGAUAGGCAAUGACACGGGUGAUGCUAAAACAGGCCAAGGCUCCUUCUUCCAUUUGAAUCUAAACUGCAGAGCCUACAUCCUUAGCCCUCAAGACGCUGCAAGCCUCGUGGGCAUGCCAACGGUUGCCUCGGGGAUGCAUGGCAAAUAUAUAUCCUGCUUCAUUUUACUAAUCUGCAUACAUCAUUAAAAUUAAUGGCUUAAAGUAUACAGCCCUAGAGGCUUUCCUACCAGCUUGUAAGUGGGCAGAUUCCAAGUUUUUCCUGGGGUGGGUACAGCUGGGAGCCCCAAGGGUAUAGGGGAAGCCUUGCUCAGACAGGUGAGGUGUACCGCUUAGGGCUGCUGGGACUUCCUUGCCUAUUUUUUUCCUCUCUUUUUCAUACUAAUA